UGACCAAGGGCGUGGUUACUUGCAGUGAAGAUGAGACAAAGAAGCUAAGGGAAGGCUUGAGGACUGUAGCCACUUUCCCAGAAAAAGGUCCAAAAUAUUGACGGUUUACAGUUAAGACGGAUGUAACAUAUUUAAACGAUUGUACUUUAUCUCCGCGAUUACAUGGUUGACGUGGUUUCGCAGGACUUCUACUAGAAUUGUUCUGGUAAAAAAACAAGGCUUGACCAUGCCCAGUAGCACAUCUUUGUUAGAGAACGAGGAAACGGAGCCUGAGCUCCCGCCACUAGUCCAAACAUUUGCCGGCAUGGGCAUCGAUGACCACGGCGCGCAAAGCCAGGCUGAGCAGCAAACCCUUACCCAUCCAUGUAGGGCAUCGCCAUUCAGCCUGCUUGGCGCUGUUUUGGACCUUCAGCCCAUACCGCUCAAUCAAGCUGGAACGGAGGAGGACGACGACGAGAAAUCCGAGGAGGAGGCACUAAAUGAGAACGAAUCUGUGAGCCAUUCUCUACUCGUACAGGCCCAUGUCCCAGGGCUAGGCUCUGUCAUGCUCCCAGGACAUGAGGCCCAGGAGACAGUCGUCCUCUACAGCGAUGGGCUUGACGACACACCGCAGGUCCCUGGCAUGAUGAUACCUUACGGAGAAUCUGGAUAUGAACCCCCUCUGCUUAGCAUGCGAAGGAAGAGCGUCAAUACAAAGGAAUGUGUCGAGGUGCCUAGCUCUGAACACGUAGCUGAGAUUGUCGGCCGACAGGGUUGCAAAAUCAAGGCUUUAAGGGCAAAGACCAACACGUAUAUCAAAACACCCGUGAGAGGGGAGGAGCCAGUGUUCGUAGUGACCGGCCGCAAGGAGGACGUCGCCAUGGCCAAGAGGGAGAUCCUGUCGGCGGCUGAGCACUUCUCCCACAUCCGAGCCUCCCGGAACAAGGCGGGCCCCAUGCCCACCACCGGACCGGGUCUGACCGGCGCCCCGACCUUGCCGGGCCAGACCACCAUCCAGGUGCGCGUGCCGUACCGUGUGGUGGGCCUGGUGGUGGGCCCCAAGGGGGCCACCAUCAAGCGCAUCCAGCAGCAGACACACACCUACAUUGUGACGCCCAGCCGCGACAAGGAGCCCGUGUUCGAGGUCACAGGCAUGCCGGAGAACGUGGACCGGGCACGCGAGGAGAUCGAGGCCCACAUCGCCCUGCGCACGGGCAGCUGCGUCGACAUGACCGCCGACCUGGACAACGACUUCCAUUGCAAUGGUAAGGACGUCAGCUUCGAGACGGCCGCAGGCAGCGCCCACCACUGGCUCCACCAUGCCACAGCCGGAGGCGUCCAGCAGCACCGGGGCACCGGGGCCGGGGCCGGAUCCACCCGCAUCACCGCCAGCUACCGCAACGACAGCUCCAGCUCGCUGGGCAGCGGGUCCUCUGACUCGUACUACAACGGUGGCGGAGGAGGCGGCAACCGCAUGGCCGAUUUCAGCCCCACGAGCCCCUUCAAUAGCAACAGCAGCAGUGGCAGCAGCAGCGGAGGUGGGAGUGGCGGUGGCAGCAGCGGAGGUGGCACCGGUGGCAGCUUCUGGUUUGGAGAGUCCUCUCUGGUCCCCGCGGGCUCCGAAGACCUGGCUGGGCUGGAUCCAUCGGGCUUUGACAGUCUUCCCCUGGCGCCAGCACAGCCACAGGUACCGCAGCAUCAGCCGCCACCGCAGGCUGGAUCGGUCAACCCCAUGCAGGUGGUGUGGAACCCGUUCGAGCAGGGCAUCCAGCUCUUCGACACCCGCGGCGCCACCCCGUCGUUCCGCGACGGCAGCCAGCCGGGCACCCCACGGCUCUCGCCCACCUUCCAGGAGGCCCUGGAGCACCCCAUGGCCCAGUUUGUGCAGCCAGCCGGGGGUAGCAACGGUGGGAGCGGAUACCAUCACCACCACCAUGCGCACAAGUUCCCCGCCAGCUACGGCGCAGCCUUCUCCUCUUCCAGUGACAGCACCACCUCCAACUCCCCGCCCGACCACCAAUUCUGCGGGCCCACUACCACCCGCGGAGGGGGCCUGUACUCGCUUACCCGGGAGUGAUAGAGCGGCCCAGGCCUCCUACGCCCAUGGUUGCUACCUGGUCCCCACCCAUGCCCCUGGGCCUCUGCAGGCUUUCCCCUGCAAACGAUACGAUACAGUGUGCACCCAGUAUUCUACGCAGUGCGCAGGCCAUCUGCACUAGUGCACACAGACAAAGCAGCAUAUGACCCAGGCUGUUAAACGCUAGGUAGCAUGUGAGCCGACCUGAGGUGUUUGUGUGUGUGUGCGUACGUGUGUGUGUGUGUGUGUCUGUGUGAGAGAGAGAGAGAAAUGUGGGGGUUUGGGGGGCGAGCAUGUGUACUUCUUAGAUGUAAUGUUUGGGAUGGGUCCUUGGGGGAUGUAGCAAGUAGUUACGGGGAGGGAAUUAUGGGUGAGAAGAAUAAGGAAAUAUCAAAGAAUAUGGAGUUUUAUUUUUUAUUACAUUACAUUAAUCCAGUUAUUUUUUUAUCAUUUGUAUUUUUUAUUUUCCUGAUAUGUUGAAAAAGUACGGUUGAAGCAAAGUUUGAAAUCAAGGAGUAUGUCUAACUUUUUUUUGUCAUUUUACACCCCAUGUGUUUAGCUGCUAUGUUGAUUUCAUGUACCGUUUUGAUUUUUCCAUUUUUGAAUCCUUUUUUUUACCCUUUUUUUUAUUCUCGCAUUGCUGAAAUUGGGGUGGAACAGGUUCUUCCUUGGGAAUUGAGAAGUGUUACGCACUGCCGUGCUUUCCAUUUCUUUCAGAGAACGUGCUUCGUUUUUAUUUUAUUUUCUAGUUACGUUUACAUUUACUCGUGCCUAAUCCAAUUCCACUUGAUUAAAAUCCAACCUUUAGUUUUGUGGGUUUUGUGUUACCAUAGAACUCUAAAGAAAAAAAGCAAGUCUGUGGCCUUAGUCCCAUUGUCUUGGCUUAUCUCUGCUAAAAGAAAAAAAAGAAACUAAGAAAAAAAAACACUAUAGACGCCAACUUGUGAGCUUUUUCCAUUUCUCCUUUUUUUCAUCUCUGCUCCAAACAGAUGCAUGGAGAUGGUGGAUAAGUCUUCGAUUAAAGUGGCAAUGGGUGUGGUCCUUGGCACUGACAUUCCAGCAAAACCUGUACAGUUCUCCCACGAAGCAGGGAGAUUUGAGCUGCAGAGGACGUGAACGCUAGAAUUGGAACUAGGACAUGGCGUUAAAAAGUGUUCAUUACUUAAGGUGGUUCUCAUUACAUCGCAAAUAACUGACAACUUUAUUGCCUUAAAGGAUCCAGCCAGAUCCCUUAGUCCAUGGUCUGACACAAGCCAGAAGGUCCGUCGAAGUAGAAUAGCAAAACUCCACUCACACCGAAGUACGUUUUAAGUUCGUUACGUGUGAGAGGUUCCACAAAUGUGAACGCACAGGCCACACCUGUUUCCACGCAAUCGAUGUUCGUGUGGGUACGGAGGGAGAGGGGGCUUAUGAGUUAAUUUUUAAGGGGUGGGAUGCUUUUCUUCUGUGAUGUGCUCGUCUCAUCCAUGUCGAAAGGUACACUUUGUCCACAGACAAGACACGGCACAAUGGCCCACUCACACACUGCACGCUCGACUCUCCCUCUGACCACUACCGAAACCCCCCUAGUGUUUAAGAGCCACAGACGACAGGCCGGCCAUGCACCUGACGAGUCCUGGUCAACCGGAUGGAGAACACAUUGGUCCAUAACCUCUCAAGAAUUACUCUUGACAUUUUUUGCAUUGUUUUUUUAAAUGUAGAUUGGUUGAAAUUGUACAGAACUUUAUUUUUUAUUUCUUCUAGAAGUUACAUUUCAUAUGCCUAUAAAUAAAUAUAUAUAUUACAAUUUUAAAGAUAAGGUUAUAUAUUUUUUUCUAUAGUAUGACUUGAGCAAAAUCUUUUGGUGAGUUGCAGUGCACUGCUGAUUGUCAGUGCUCUCUCCGCUUGUAGUGCAGUUUAACAGUAUUGAAAAGUAAGAUUAACUAGUCUUUUUUCGGGCAAGGAGGAAUGUGCACAGAAGCAUGUUUUCAUAACAUACCACAUUGUACACUGCAACUAAAAAGGCCAAGGAUCUAACAUGUAAAAUGCAUAUAUGUCUGUACGUCACCAAACUAUAAAUGAAAAUGAUAUAUAUGUGCAGAUAUUGUUUUAUUGGUGUGGCGGGUGUGUGCUUGCUCGCCACGCCAACAGUUUAAGUAUUUGCUAAUUUUACUACCUUCAUUAUGUGUGUGUAGACACAUUAGGGCAUAUAUGUUCUACAAAAUAAGGUUAAAUGCAAAAUUAUAUUUUAUGAUUAAAGGCCUUCAUGUGUCAUGUGGCCAAAGCACUGAUACUAUAUAUUUGCUGUAAAGAGAAUUAAGAGUUUUAUUUUCUGAUAUUAAAAGUUACUUAAUAAAGGCAGUUUCAUUCUAAAAAA